CUAGUCCUAAUAGAAUAUCUGUCUAUAGGGAAUUCAAAUAAAUUUUCAUGUAAAGGAGUUUAUCACGAGAGCUUUUACUAUAAUUAUAAUUUUAUAGGUUAUCUAUAAAAACCUAGUGGGUAAAGAAAUACAUUUUAUCAAAAUGUGGUCCAUUUUAAUCGUAUUUGUGUUAUCUAUUGUUGCAUAUUGGUUUACGGAUGGUUUAAUACCUAAACUAAGGGAUCUCUUCGUAAAAGCUGGGUUAUUCGGUGUAGAUUUGUGUAAAACUAGCAAGAGCAAAGUACCUGAAGCUAUUGGGGUUGUCUCAGGAUGUGUGUUCCUAGUCACCAGUUUUCUAUUCAUACCUAUUGCAUUUGGCAAUGGCUUGAUGGAUAGGGAACAUUUUCCACACAAUGAGUUUGCAGAGCUGCUGGCGGCGCUGCUAUCCAUCUGCUGCAUGCUGCUGCUGGGGUUCGCGGACGACGUGCUGGACCUGCGCUGGCGGUACAAGCUGCUGCUGCCCACCAUUGCCUCGCUGCCGCUGCUCGUCGUCUACUAUGUCAACUUCAACUCCACCUCGUUUGCCGUCCCCAUACAAUUGAAAGAAUGGCUGGGGACAUCUGUCAAUAUUGGUUUCCUGUACUAUGUGUACAUGGGCAUGCUGGCAGUGUUCUGCACAAAUGCCAUCAAUAUCCUCGCUGGCAUCAACGGGCUGGAGGUGGGACAGGCGGUGGUGAUAGCCCUCUCCAUCAUCAGCUUCAAUCUGAUGGAGCUGCGAGGGGACCAGUACAAGGCUCACCAAUUCUCCCUCUACAUUAUGCUGCCAUACUUGGCAACCACCCUGGCCCUAUUAAAACAUAAUUGGUACCCAUCAAAAGUAUUUGUGGGCGACACAUUCUGCUAUGUGUCUGGUAUGACAUUUGCUGUGGUAGGCAUCUUGAGCCACUUCAGCAAAACGGUGCUCCUAUUCUUCAUACCACAAGUUAUCAAUUUCCUAUACUCUGUGCCACAAAUAUUUCAUAUUAUUCCAUGUCCUAGACAUAGGUUACCAAAGUACAAUGGCGAAUUAGAUAUACUGCAACCCAGCAGAGCUUUAAUUCCUAAACAAGACAUGGGCUUUCUUAGCAACUUAAUUUUAAAAAUAUUAACGGUUCUACGACUAGUGGACCGAGUUGAGGAUAAGGAGAGCAUUACAAUUAAUAAUUUAACAAUUAUAAAUCUGUUUUUAAUUAAGUUUGGGGAUAUGACGGAGAACAAGCUGACUAUAAGCUUGCUGUCGUUCCAGGUAGCCUGCAGUUGUGUCGCUUUUCUAAUCAGAUAUCCUAUGGCUUCUUAUUUUUACGAUUCCUAGCAAAUGUGCAAUCAUAAACUUUCUUAGCCAAAGAGUUUAAAUUUAAAAGCUUCCUUAAUCUGAAACGACAUAGCUCCUGCAGCAUUUAUUCUUUAUUUUAGAUUUUAAGAGAAAUUAACUUACCUAACUACAUGUAAUGUAAAGUGCCUAAGUUGCAUAUAUUUAUUAAAUAAAUAAAUAACUGUAUUUCUUUGUA